AUGCCGCCCAUAACCGGUAUACCUACAUUUACGUCUGCUCCCAUCAACCCCAAUUUGCAUGGCAAGGGUGGCGAUUCAAGAGCGACGCCUCAGACAGAAGAGCCUUCUCACGACGCGGAUCAAGUCCCUACAUCGGUAAGAGCGUCGAGCACGACUGCAGGAGAUUCCUCUUCGCCGUAUCCUCCCGCGCGUCCGGGCGCAGCAGCAGCAGCUCCUACCCCGACAGGCACUGCUGCUUCUGCGCCGCCAUCAUCAGCGUACACACCGACAACAACAACGACGGCCCCAGCGCCGCAGCCAGUCGCACGUCCAACUUGUCCAGGAACAACGAAAUCCAGCGCCUACACCGUACCUCCUCCGCCCAAGGCAGGUGAGCCCGUUCAGCCCGCGUCGUACUAUGCGCCCAGACCUGUUAGUACUGCGCAAGCAGAACAACAACAAUAUCCUACUACUAUAGGUGGUAGUAGUAAUCUGCAGUCGCCAUCGCCGUCGUCGUCGCAUCAUUCUCCCUUCUUCCAAACCUUCUCCUCCUCCUCCUCUUUAUCCACUGCUUACAAUAAUUCUUCGAUGAUGUCGACAUAUCAGCCCCCGACAGCAGACAGGAACAAUCAGACGUUCUUGUCGCAGUCGCAAUACCAAGAAGAGGAAGAAGGACAAGGGAUUCUCGACACAGCCAAGUCAUGGUUACAAAUUGCAGGGACGAAGCUGGCGGAGGCGGAGGCGGAGGUUUGGAGACGGGUGAAUUCGAAGACAUGA